GGAGAUAGAGUUACCCCUGCUGUUGUAGCUUACUCAGAGAAUGAAGAGGUAGUUGGACUGGCCGCAAAACAAAGUAGAAUAAGAAAUAUUUCAAAUACAGUAGUGAAAGUCAAGCAGGUCCUGGGCAGAAGAUACAUGGUUGUACCAAGUCUCAGCCUUGGAAGCAUUCCGCCCUUGGUGGAGGAGCCAAUCAUUUUGUUAUGAAGCCAUUAAGCCCCGGUCCAGUACCCACCCUGGGUGAACUCCCAAAGUUGGGCUUUCUCAGUCUGGGCCUCAUGCCUAUUUAUGACCUACGCAUAGGCUGCAGCACUUGCUACUUUAAAAUCCUUUUACCCUCCCUGUUACUCCAUUCCCCUGUGGCCUUCCGUCCAGAAGUGUGGUCCUCGGACCCAACUUCUCAGCAAAUCCCCAGAGAGGGAAGAAAGGACUGGCUCCUGGAAAUAUACUGAGAGCACAUCGAGCUUCCCCACAGCUUCAGAUUUGUGUACCUGUGGCCCAGGAGCUUGCUGCAGUAGCCUGCCUUCCCAGCUCAGCAUGGCCACCACCAGUAGCAGUGCGGGCAUCCGGUGGUCCAGACAGGAGACACGAACUCUUCUCUCCAUACUUGGCGAGGCGGAGUAUAUUCAACGCCUCCAGACUGUACAUCAUAAUGCAGAUGUCUAUCAGGCUGUGUCUAAGCGAAUGCAGCAGGAAGGCUUCCGCCGCACCGAACGCCAGUGCCGCUCCAAGUUUAAAGUUCUGAAGGCAUUAUACUUAAAAGCCUACGUUGCCCAUGCCACCAGCAUGGGGGAUCCACCACAUUGUCCAUUUUAUGAUACGCUGGAUCAGCUUCUUCGAAAUCAGGUAGUGACUGACCCAGACAACCUAAUGGAGGCUGCUGCUUGGGCCAAGCACUGUGAUCAGAACUUGGUGGCCUCUGACACCCGAAGGGAAGAGAGAACCUCCAUUGUGAAAACUGAAAGGACUCAGGCAGCUGAUCAUCAGCCUUUCUUGAAAACAGUUAAGGAAUCCGAUGAAGAUUGUCAGCUGAGAAUCAGUGACCGGAUUCGAGAAACCAGUGACCUUGAGGACUCCUGGGAUGAAUCCUCGGGUGCAGGGUGUUCUCAAGGGACCCCCAACUACAGCAGCUCCCACAACCUUUUCAGAGGUGCAGCUGCUCCCUGUCAGAGCAGUCCCAUGACCAGACUGGCUGUGUCAGGUGAGCCCAUUCCCAGCACCAGCACCAGCCGAAACCCUCCUGGGGUGGCCUCCACCUCACAGCCUCGGGGUUCCUCUUCCACAGUUGGUUUGGUCUCUGGUGGAGAUAGACCUUUGGCCAAUGAGCCCCCUCCGAGGUGGGCAAGGCGAAGAAGGCGGUCAGUGGCCAGGACUAUUGCAGCUGAAUUGGCCGAAAACCGGAGGUUAGCACGAGAACUUUCAAAGCGAGAGGAAGAAAAACUGGAUAGGUUGAUUGCGAUUGGCGAAGAGGCCAGUGCCCAGCAAGAUGCUGCUAAUGAGCUUCGCAGGGAUGCUGUCAUUGCCGUCCGGCGCUUGGCCACAGCCGUGGAAGAAGCUACUGUUGCUUUCCAGCUAGGACUCGAAAAAUUGCUUCAAAGGUUGAUUUCCAAUGCCAAAAGCUAGGAACUGACUGCAAAAGCAUAUACCUCGUAAACUGAGAGACGUCUCCUCACAACUGCCUUCUGAUAGCACAGCACCUUUUUUUUUGUCCUCAGAAGCGUAGUGCAUCGUUAAUACGCAGAGGAUUAGGAGUAUGCUUGUGAGUUCUUUUUAUCAAGAUUCUCCACUAAGUGAAAGACCACUUAAAAAUGAGAGGUGCCUAAUAGAAACCUCACGGAAUCAAGUCCAAGAGAGCUAGUUAGUCCUGGCUCUGUGAUUGGAGGCAAUUUCCUUUACCUCUCUACAGUAGUUUCCUCAUCUGUGAAAUGAGGGACAGCUAAUAACUCUUGCCCUGCCUACCUCACAGGGCUGUUGUGAGGAUCAGGUGGCCAAUAGAUGUAAAAGGGUUUAAAGGCACUAUACAAAUGUACGUUGUUAGUGCGUGUGGCCUUGGCUGGAGCAAGGCUAGGGAGAGCAUAUUACUUUACAAGAUACAAACGUGUGGUUGUGUACCUUGACCUGUUGCUUAAAUCUACUAGUUUAAUUUGACUGCUUCAUGGAGUUUGAGGUCUUAGAUUUUAAAAUCCCUCUGUGGCUCAUUAGACUUAUUUCGACACGAUGUGUGUUUUUCCCUUCCUUUCAUUCUUCAUUGCUGUGUCUCUGACAUACUUACUAGUUAGCACACUUGACAGUAGUCCAGCCUGUCAAAUCUUCAUUUUACUACUUCUUAGUCUCCUGUCAAGUUGAGGCUAUAACAAAGAACUAAUGGGAAUCACAGUUGUGUGUUAAUGGCUCUUAUUGAUAUGUGAUGUGGUGGGUAUUGGCUGUUUUAUAAAACAGUAAGUGUAAGUAAAUUCUUUAUAAUAUUAUUUGGGUCCCUUUCUAUGUGUAAGUUAUAUCUUAAGUUUUAGUUGCCCUCUGAACCUUAUAGAAACAAUUUGAAUUGUACCAGUUUGCAAUCUGCUUUUAGUUAAUUUCAUUUUUUUCCUAUUUGCUUGUUGGUUCUUUUUGUUUGCUUGUUUUUAUGUUUUUGCCUACUAUGUUAUAGAGGCCCUAGAAAAAAGCUUUCCCUCUAGGGAACUUAUCAAGGUUACUUUUUGUCAGAUGACCUAGGUAAAAGUUGAUCUGGUUAACGGCAGAUGGCAAAAUAGACCCGUUUUGUUCUCCUUUUAGCUUUGAGAA